AUGGCCAUGGCCUCUACCUGCAGCCUCCUGGCGCCUAGCAGAGACCCCAACACAAGCUCCCUGGGAGCAAUGUCGCUCCGCACUCCGGGGCAGAGGCGGGAGGUGGUGAAGCUGCAUGCCACCAUGGGGAACAUGCCGCUGGAAGAAGGCCAGGUUCUAGGGUGCUGGGGAUGCAGCGUUGAACAAUACACGGAGCUCAUCUUCUGGGGGCAGAGUGACCGACGAAGAGCCUCCCACACGCACAGGGUGUCGGAGGAUCCACUGGCCUGGCUGGAGGGGCUGGAGCGGGCGCGGGGAGACCAGGAGAUGCUGCUGCAGACGGGAGGCCACCGGGUGAAGGUCCCGGCCAAGGGCGUCUUCUUUCUCCACAGGGAGCUGCCCUCUCGGAGACGCUCCCUGCCCGGGGUCUCCUUAUGUCAGGGACCAGGUUACCCUGACAGGAGGACGAUCGCCAUUAACAAUAGUAGUGUCUUCAGUGUUCGCUUCUUCAGAACUACGGCUGUGUGCAAGGAUGAUGUGAUUACAGUAAAAACCCCAGCAUUUGCAGAAUCUGUCACAGAAGGGGAUGUCAGGUGGGAGAAAGCUGUUGGAGACACAGUUGCAGAAGAUGAAGUGGUUUGUGAGAUUGAAACUGACAAGACAUCCGUGCAGGUUCCAUCACCAGCAAACGGCGUUAUUGAAGCUCUUUUGGUACCUGAUGGGGGAAAAGUUGAAGGAGGCACUCCUCUUUUCACACUCAGGAAAACUGGCGCUGCUCCUGCUAAGGCCAAGCCAGCUGAAGCCCCUGCUGCCGAAGCCCCAAAGGCAGAACCGGUAGCAUCGGCAGCUCCUCCUCCUCCUGCAGCAUCCAUACCCACUCAGAUGCCACCAGUGCCCUCACCCUCACAACCCUCUGCUAGCAAACCAGUGUCUGCGGUAAAACCCACUGCUGCUCCAGUAGCUGAGCCAGGAGCUGGUAAAGGUCUGCGUACAGAACAUCGGGAGAAAAUGAACAGGAUGCGGCUACGCAUUGCUCAGCGUCUGAAGGAGGCCCAGAAUACAUGUGCAAUGCUGACGACUUUCAAUGAGAUUGACAUGAGUAACAUCCAGGAUAUGAGGGCCCGGCACAAAGAUGCUUUUCUGAAGAAACAUAACCUCAAACUGGGCUUCAUGUCGGCAUUUGUGAAGGCCUCAGCCUUUGCCUUGCAGGAACAGCCUGUUGUAAAUGCAGUGAUUGACGAUACAACCAAAGAGGUGGUAUAUAGGGAUUAUAUUGACAUCAGUGUUGCGGUGGCCACCCCACGGGGCCUGGUGGUUCCCGUCAUCAGGAACGUGGAAACAAUGAAUUAUGCAGAUAUUGAGCGAACCAUCUUUGAACUAGGAGAGAAGGCCCGGAAGAAUGAACUCGCCAUUGAAGAUAUGGAUGGUGGUACUUUCACCAUUAGCAAUGGAGGUGUUUUCGGCUCCCUCUUUGGAACACCCAUUAUCAACCCCCCUCAGUCUGCCAUCCUAGGCAUGCACGCCAUCUUUGAUAGGCCAGUGGCUGUGGGAGGCAAGGUGGAGGUGCGGCCCAUGAUGUUCGUGGCACUGACCUAUGAUCACCGGCUAAUUGACGGCAGAGAGGCUGUGACUUUCCUCCGAAAAAUCAAGGCAGCGGUAGAGGAUCCCAGAAUCCUCCUAAUGGACCUUUAGGAGGAAGUCACACACCCAACACAUUGACCACGCAGGAACUGAAAACCAGUCUUCUCUCUGCCCCAUGUGGGUCCCGGGUUCGCCUGGCGACAGACAGGCACAUGCUGUUGGCCUCAAGCAAGGAAGCCAGGGCACUAUAUAACCAGCAGUCGCAGGUCUUUCUUGGUGUUCCUACCAGCUCUCUCUCUCUCUCUCUCUCUCUGUACCCCUCUCUUAAUACUCGAAUAUCUUAUUUCCUUAGGCUUGAGGGAGAGAAAGAGAGAGCCUUCACAGAUGCUCAUUAAUAUCCCUGCCUUUCUUCAUUAACCCUCUGCCGAGAUAAUUUUGCUUCUCCCCCGUGCCAGUACACGAUAGGGAAACCACUGGGGACCAUGGGAUUAAGUUUCAGUCUUUUGAAAGUGUGUUCUCCAGAGCUGCCUGGGAGGAUUGUGCCUCCCACGCUCAGAGCAGCCUCUGCCCUGGCUGUGCACAUUCUCACUUGAUUCCACCUUGUGGAGGUAUUGACCACAGGCCAAGGUGCUGCUUUGCUGCUGAAAUGCACCUUCCUUCUCAGCUGUCAUUGACUUCAGGAUGCCUCUACUACCUCUUCCAGGAAGCACAGGCCGGGGGACCUGGGUAGGAGAGGUGUUGGCAGUGUGGAGGGGGAGAGGGCAGAUUCCCCCUGAGGUCAUAGCUAUAAACAAGAGAACAGAAGCCAGGCCUGCCCUCACAUUCUCUGUCAUAGCCUCACACCAGGAAAACCCAUUUUGGCACAGCUAUGGUUGUGCCAACCUUUCUAGGUUGCUAGGAACCGUUCUAGCACAUUGUUCUCAUCUGGAGCCGAUUCUAGUACAUCAAGGCAGUGGAGGAUGGACUGGAGCCUGGUAGAGAUUGGGGGAGGGAGGCUUCCUGUGGACAGGCUCGGAUUGACUUGAGCUUUUAAAUUCCAUGGGUAUGAGCAUGUGACUGAAGAGGCAGUUCUGUUUUUUCCUGAUCAUGGCCCUUGGGAAGUGGGGCUUUGGCUCCUCUGCAGAGCACGGGUCUGGGGCAGGGUGGACUGGUGGGAACCAGCCCCAAGAUGCCAGUACACGGGGGAAGUGACCGAUGUUUCCUCUGAGGUACUGCCUGAUGGGUCUGGACACAGUCAUUGGAAUUCCUUGGAACAUGGUUAAAUGUACACGUCUUGUCAUGAAAGCUACCAGGCUUCAUUGCUUUAAAUCCAACUGCAUUCAGGCCUGAGGCUGCUGACACUGGACAUGGGAGCCACUUACUUAGUGCAGAGUGCCCACUUGUAUCUCAAAGAAGUAAGGCCUGGGGGACGGGUGGGGGGAAGGGAUGGGAGCCAAUACUGAGUGCCUGCAGCAUCUGCUAUGUCUUCACUAUUCAGAACUCGUAACUGAAAUAUUUAAAGAAACUGAUUUUAAAUGCAAAUUAAAGGGCAAAAGUUCUCAAGCAGA